AAAAACUCUCCCGAUUCGGUUACGCGUGCGCCGACUCAAGCAGCGCCCCCUGAAAAUCCAUAUCCUGGCGGCAGGAUUAAGACAAAAGUGAAUAAGUGUCACGCGAAAGUUGAAGUGCAAGAAAAAAAAGUGCUAAACGACGCGAGAAUUAAACUCACAAAUAAGGACCUCACCAAAUCCUUAAAGAAAGUGCUAGCCCUUGGCCAUUUUGCACAGUUUUCUUUUUGGGCGGCGCUUUUCGGGGGAAACUGUUUCGGUGUCGGAAACUGAAGAACUCCCAAGGUUGCGGGCCCAAAAGCUGUUGUGACAUUUUUUUGGCAAAGCAGAAACGCAAUGGCGCCAAAGACGCCGCCAUUUUCACAGCUCGACAAAAUGGCGACAAGGACAUCCACAUCCAGUUGGCUCUGCCGCCUGCUGCUAUUCGGCUUUUGCAUUGGCGCCGCCGCCGCCCGAGACAUUCGAUCGCCGAUGGACCAGACAGACGUGGCCUUCUACUGCCCUGGAGAGGGUCUGUUUGCGGACGACUACGAUUGCAGGAUUUAUUACCGCUGCGAGCGGCGUUCCGGGCAGUACAUCCAACCCUAUCUGCUGGCCUGUCCAGAGGGCGCGGUCUUCUCCCGCACCCUGCGCAUGUGUCUGCCACCAGCUAUGGCUGGGCGGGAUGAGUGCGUUGACCAGGUGAACGAGGUGGAUGGCGGCAGCAUGGAGAAGUGGGAGCAGGACGACUACGGACAGGAUGACCAUAAUGCGAUGCUUAACCUGGCCGUCACACCUGCGGCCAAUGAGCUGCGAACCUAUGCGUCGACCCACCGUCUGCCCACAAAUUACGGUCUGGCUGGUCUCAACGGUGUCUCUGUCAUAUCCUUCUCCAGCUCCUCAUCCCUGCGAGCUGUUGGAUCAGCGGAGGAGGACGGCAUAAUAUGCCGGGAUGAUGGCUUCAUGACCGAUCCCAGCGACUGCACCGUGUUUUAUCGCUGCAUCUCGAACGGCCGAGGCUAUAACAAAAUCGGCUUCCGGUGCUCAGAUGGCACGGCGUGGGACGAGUCCCUUCAGUCCUGUAACCAUAUGUUUGACGUACGUGCCAACGGAGGAUGCCGCAAUCAAGCUGUUCCACAGAACGACGGUUAUUACGCCGGCCAAACGUCAACACAGUCCUCGCAGACCAGUUACCAGAACUCAACCACAAGCAGUCAACAGAGCUCGUCCACCAGUUCCUCCAACUCCUCCCAAAGUUCCAGUUCCACAUCCAGCUCUACAUCCAAUUCCAGCUCGAGUCAAGAGUCCUCUACAUCCAGCAGCAGUAAUCAGUCGAGCUCCACGUCUAGCAACCAUCAGGAGUCCAGCUCGGAAUCCAGCAACAACCAGGAGUCCAAUUCGGGAUCUAGCAACAAUCAGGAAUCUAGCACGAGUUCCAGCAGCAAUCAAGGUUCAAGCUCUCAAAAUGCUGGCAGUAGCAACCAAAACCAAAGCUCUGGCAGCAAUCAAAGCUCGGGAAGUAGCCAAUCCUCAAACAGUAACCAGAACUCCAGCAACAAUCAGAACCAAAGCUCUCAAAAUUCUGGUAGCAACCAAAGCAGCAGCAGUCAAAACUCGGGCAGCAACCAAUCCUCUGGCAGCAACCAAUCCUCGGGCAGCAACCAAUCCUCCGGCAACAAUCAAUCCUCCAACAACAAUCAGAGUUCCAACAACAAUCAAUCCUCCAGCUCCAACAACAAUCAAAGUUCUUCAAGCAGCCAAAACAACAGUGGAUCUAAUAUACCUGUGCCCACCGAGUGCGAGGAUGAAAAUACUUACAUCCCGGAUAAAGAAGACUGUGCUAAAUUCUACAGAUGCCGACAAGAUAAAGACGGAAAAUUAGAGCAAGUGCCUUUCACCUGUGGUCCCGGUACCGUUUGGAACCAAGUGGAUAAGGUCUGCGAUCUGCCCACUGAGGAUCAAAAGAAGAAGUGCAACAUUCAAUCGGGUUCGUCGAGUGGUAGUAACAACUCUGGACAGCAAUCCAGUGGAAGCUCCUCCAACAACCAAGGCUCUUCCAACAAUCAAUCCUCAAGCAACCAGAGCUCUUCUAACAAUCAAGGAUCGUCUAGCAAUCAAGGCUCAUCCAGCAAUCAAGGAUCGUCUAGCAAUCAAGAAUCGUCCAGCAAUCAAGGAUCGUCUAACAAUCAAGGCUCAUCUAGCAAUCAAUCUUCCAGCAAUCAGAGCUCAUCCAGCAAUCAAGGAUCUUCUAGCAAUCAAGGCUCAUCCAGCAAUCAAGGAUCUUCUAGCAAUCAAGGAUCGUCUAGCAAUCAAGGCUCAUCCAGCAAUCAAGGAUCUUCUGGCAAUCAAGGCUCAUCCAGCAAUCAAGGCUCAUCCAGCAAUCAGGGAUCGUCUAGCAAUCAAGGCUCAUCCAGCAAUCAAGAAUCCUCAAGCAAUCAGUCCUCCAAUCAAGGCUCAUCUUCAUCUUCUAGCAAUCAGAGCUCCUCAAGCUCAAACAAUAAUUCCACGAGCACUCAAACAAAGCCAUCCAAUCCCGAUGGUGAAUGCCAAGAUACGGAAACAUAUUUGGCUGAUAAGAAGGACUGUGCCCGAUUCUAUCGAUGCGUAGAGAAUGGUAGCGGUGGCUUCAAUACUGUUCCUUUCGAUUGCUCCCCUGGAACGGUCUGGGAUCCAGAUACGAAGGGAUGUAACCAUCCAACAGAUGUGCAAAAGGAGCAAUGCAAGGCUAUGGCCAAUGGAAGUGGAUCAUCAUCCAGCCAAGGCUCGUCUUCCAACCAGGGAUCAUCCUCAAGCCAGGGAUCUUCUUCCAAUCAGGGAUCAUCCUCCAACCAGGGCUCUUCUUCUAACCAGGGAUCAUCUUCAAAUCAGGGUUCCUCUUCUAACCAGGGAUCGUCCUCCAACCAAGGAUCGUCAUCUAACCAGGGAUCAUCUUCCAGCCAGAGUUCUUCAUCAAACCAGGGAUCAUCUUCCAGUCAGGGUUCUUCAUCCAACCAGGGAUCAUCUUCCAAUCAGGGUUCCUCUUCCAACCAAGGAUCAUCUUCCAAUCAGGGAUCGUCAUCUAACCAAGGAUCAUCUUCCAAUCAGGGAUCAUCUUCGAACCAAGGAUCAUCCUCUAACCAGGGUUCCUCUUCUAACCAAGGAUCAUCUUCGAAUCAAGGAUCAUCCUCUAAUCAGGGCUCAUCUUCUAACCAAGGAUCAUCUUCAAAUCAAAGUUCUUCGUCCAACCAAUCGUCCUCGAAUCAAUCCUCCUCCAAUCAGUCGUCGUCUAACCAGACAUCUUCAUCCACUACACAAAAACCCUUCAAACCGGCAGAGAAAUGUGAAAGUGAGGAAACUUUCUUGGCUGACAACGAGAACUGCUCGAAGUUUUAUCGAUGCGUGGAUAAUGGUAAGGGUGGUUUUACAAAAGUAUCAUUCACCUGCCCACCAAACACUCUAUGGGAUCCUGAGGCCAACAGCUGCAACCAUCCUGAUCAGAUCCAGACCAAGCCGCUCAAAUGCAAAAAGGUGGUUAGCCAAGACGGAAGUUCCUCUAACAGCACCAGCAACUCCUCGAGUAGCUCAAACAACAGUGGUUCCUCUUCAAACAGUGGAUCAUCUUCCAGUUCAUCCUCCAACAGUGGCUCCUCCUCCAAUACAGGUUCAUCGUCAAACAGUGGCACUUCUUCUAGCGGUGGUUCAUCGAAUCAAGGCUCAUCCUCCAAUAGUGGCUCCUCUUCCGGCUCGAACUCUUCUGGAAAUCAAUCGACAUCUUCGUCAUCAUCGUCUUCAUCCUCAUCAAGCAAUAACAAUAAUCAAGGUUCAUCCUCAUCGUCCUCCUCCAGCAGCAGCUCGACUUCAUCAAAACCAAAUCCCUCUGAAACCUGCAAGGUUAAUGGACAAUUUAUUGGCGAUCGGUCGGAUUGUGCCAAAUUCUAUCGCUGCGUCGAUAAUGACAGAGGUGGCUUCAAUAUGGUACCCUUUAGCUGCGGUCCUGGCACUGUUUGGGAUGCCCAGAUGCAGGCCUGUAAUCAUGCGUGGGCAGUAAAGGAAUGCGGUGGUAUUGCUCCACCUACAACUUCUACGCCGACGACCUCCAGGCCAACAUCCGCAAGCACUUCCAGACCUUCUGACCAAACUUCAACAUCGAGACCCUCAGGUCCGACCACUACCACACGUCCACUGACUGCCAGACCAACGACUUCUUCUCCAACAACAGCUUCAUCCUCUCAAACAUCAUCUCCUGUUACCCAGGCACCCAAUACAGAUGGCAAAUGUCGGUCGGAGGGCUUUAUGGCUGAUCCCAACAACUGCUCCAAAUUCUACCGCUGCGUAAGGAACAACAAAGGUGGCUUCACCCAAAUUCCAUUCCAAUGUGGAGCUGGUACCGUUUGGGAUCAGGAUCUGCAGACCUGCAACCACAACUUUAACAAUUGCAGUACUGGCACUGAAAGUACCACUUCAAAGCCGCCUUGUGAGCCAGCAACAAAUGGAACAUCGACCACCACACCUCCACCCACCACGACAGAUUCACCAUCCUCUUCAACAACAGGAUUGCCGCCAACUACAACAACCGAAUUACCUCCAACUACGACCACAGACUUACCUCCUACAACAACUACUAGGUUGCCUCCCACUACAACAACUGGGCUACCUCCGACUACAACAACUGGGCUGCCCCCCACCACGACCACAGGAGCUCAACCCACUACAACAACAAUGAGUUCGGAAACUGAAACAUCAACGGUAACCACAAGUCCGGAAAGCACCACGCAACCACCGUCUACAACCACUAUGAAACCCCUACCAGCUGGCACGGAAUGCACGGGUGAGGGUUACAUGGCCGAUCCCGAAGACUGCAGGAAAUACUAUCGAUGCAUCAACGCUGGAGCCUCCUACAGAAAGUACAACUUUACGUGUCCCAAGGGCACGGGAUGGAAUGAAGAAGUUCAGACCUGUGACUACAUGGAGAACAUACCGAGGUGCUCGAAGUUACCCGCUGAACCAAUCACUACAACACCAAGUGAAGAGGCCAAGGAUCCCGGAAGCACCACUCCGCAGUCAACGGAUGAGCCCAGCACAGUGACAAAACCCAUUACGAAACCCACCGAAGAACCUUCAACAGAAAAACCGCAAAAGCCGACGACUCAAUAUCCGGAGAAGCCAACCACCACAGAGGAACCAGAAAAGCCGCAGAAGCCGACUACAACCGAGUAUCCUCAGAAGCCGACCACCACGGAAGAACCUACUCCAGAGAAGCCCCAGAAGCCCACAACAACCGAGUAUCCUCAGAAGCCGACCACUCAGGAACCCACCACCACAAGUAUUCCGGGCUACAAUCCAACAACAACGUCUGUUCCGGGCUAUAACCCAACCACAACGCCAGUUCCGGUAGAAACUACAACCUCUACUCCUGGCUAUAAGCCAACUACCACCGGCGAACCUAUUACCACGACCACAUUACCUCCCACAACCACGGAUGCCAUUCAAGAGCCCACAACCUCAAAAAAACCUGAACCCACAACAACCACAGAAAGUCCAGAAUCCAGCACACCUGAAGGUUCAGUAACCACUCUUCAGCCGGAGCCACAGCCGAACUAUAACUGCUCUUCGGAGGGAUUCUUCCCAGAUCCCGAGGACUGUAGUCGCUAUUACCGUUGUGUGGAUGCGGCCAAAAAUGGCAAGUAUCAGGUGUAUGCCUUCAAGUGCGGCAAGGGAACUGUUUGGGACACCUCCACCGAGACCUGCAAUUACGCCGAUCAGGUGUCUGGCAAUUGCUCAUCGGGACAGACGACCACGCCGGGAACGACUACGGAACCUGGUACGAUGGAGAGUACAACCAGCUCUGGAAAACCUGAAACCACCUCAAAGGCCCCUGAAAACACCACUACGGGAGCUCCAGAAACCACCACUACUUCGGCUCCUGAAACCACCACCACAGUAGCCUCCGAAACCACUACUUCAUGGAGCACAGAAACCACUACUUCUGGCACAACCACCACCACAGCCACACCUGAAACCACUAUAAAACCAACCAAGCCUGAAACCACUACCAUUGCUGCGGAAGAAACCUCAACGACGGAGUCGCCUACCACCACAGAGAGUCCUGCUCCCGGUACCAACACCUCUGCUCCUUGUCCCGAAACCGGUCCAGGUCAGAAUGUGUACGUCUGCCCCACUGGAUUCCGCCGGCAUCCGGAGAAGUGCGGCAUGUUCUACCAGUGCAGUGAAAGUGCGGAUAGCAAUGAUCUUAACAUCGUGGUAUUCCAAUGCCCCAACGGAACCGUCUACCAAGACAAGUCCUGCAGCUGUGGCAAGCCGCCGGCAGGUGACAAGUGCUCCAAGGACAUGAAGAGGACCACCAAUUUGUUUGAAGAGGAAACGAAACUCCAAAAUGUGGUUCAAAUCAGCACGACGGAUCCUCUCUGCCCGGAUGAGGGUCACUUCGCGCUCAACAACGACCAGUGCGGCCAGCUGUUCGUCAAGUGCGGAUUCUCGGAGCUGACGGGUCGCAUCGAGGGCCAGAUCCACCGCUGUCCGCAGGGAUUCGCCUACUGGAACGUCAGCCGACGAUGCGAGCCCGCCCGCAAGCUGCCCAACUGCACACCCACCACCUACAAUGUGGGCGGAAACGUGCCGCUGGAGUGGCUCAACAUUGGCCAUAGACGCCGCAGCAUGCGCAUUUAAUUAGAUUUAGUCUAGAUUCACUUAGUCGCCCGCCAUUGUUCGUUUGCUGCGCCAGCACUUGAUGGCCAGCUUAACUAGCUGAUUGCGAUCGAGGCAAUAAGCUGGCGCAGCAAACGAUCGAACAGAAGAGUUAGCUUAGGACGUAGGGAAAUUACAUUAGGUUAAGCACGGGUGCAGCCCUCCGACAAGUGGGAACUUAAAACAAGUUAGCCUAUAAUACAACCAUAUAUUUCUAUAAUAUAUUGCUUCGAUCGUUGGAGGGUAAACUAGAUUCUUGGUGUCGGACUGCGAGACUGCACUUUACGCAUUUGAAAAGGAAACAAAAGGUUUUGAGUAGUCUUCCUGGAGUGGAAACAGGCACAGCCUUCACUACACACACGUAAAUGCUGUAGCUUUUAUGCAGUAAUUGUAUUUAUGUUUAGAGUUAAAACAUACGUUCUGAACGCCAUAUACAAUGUAUCUUAGACUAUGCUUAAAGAUUAUAAUAAAUUGAAUCAUAUACAGAAA